GUAUUUUUCAGAUUAAAUGGUUCAGACUAUGAACAUUGAACAAAGAAUUGAGAAUAAAGGUUACAAAGAUGAAAGAUAAAGAUUUGAUUAAGGAAGAACAUACGAUGGAAAAUACAGCAGUUGAAGGCUCUUCUGUAGAAGUAGAAGAUAUUUGUACAGUUCUCAUAAAAGAAGAAGAUGUGAAAAUGGAAAGUACAGAAGUAAAAAGAGAGAUUGCUAGUGAUGGCGGAGAUUUUCUUUUCUUUAAGCCUAAGAGCCCCAGAAAGAUUAGAUAUGAAGGAAUGAAAUAUCAGUGUAAUCAUUGUGAAUACGCUGCCAAUUUUGUAGGCAACUUGAGAAAACACAUUGAAAAUAAGCAUAAUGGUGUGAAGUAUCCAUGUGCUCAGUGUGCAUACGCUGCUACUACUGAAAGUAGUUUAAAGAGACAUAUUAGAGAGUUACACAAGGGAAUGCGAUGUCCUUGUGACUAUUGUGAAUACGCUGCCACUAAUCCAUUUAAUCUUAAGAAACAUAUAAAAAAUAGACAUGAAAGAGAAAAUUAUCUAUGCGAACACUGUGAAUAUGCUACUACUGCUGCAAGUAACAUGAAGAAACAUAUUGAAAUCAAGCAUUCUGGGGUUAGAUAUCCAUGUACACAGUGCAGUUAUGCUGCUACUACCACAAGUAGUCUUAAUAGACAUGUUAAAACGUUACAUGAAGGACUAAGAUAUCCAUGCAACCAUUGUGAAUAUGCUGCCACUAAUGCAUGUAAUCUGAGAAAACAUUUAAAGAAUAGACACGAAAACAAACUUUAAUGUUCCUUCGCUAUAGUCCAUUUAAUAUAUUUCCAUAAAAGCUUUCAUCUGGGGUAUAAGUAAAAUGUAUUGUAUAUAGUGUUGAAAAUCAACCCCCCCCCCUGGUAAAAGAAAAAAUUUCCUCACUCUGUUAGGCUUUUUAAAGACAUUUUUAAUUUUACUAAUGUAAUGUACAAUUUAAAUGUAUAGUUUUACUAAAGAGACAGUAAACGUUAUUUAAAAUAACCCUCCAUGCAAAGGUGGUAAUGCCCGAUUCACAACGGUACCCUGAAAGUUUUAUCUGCAAAUGUAUGAAUUACAUUUUAAUCUUUAUUAUUUUCAAACUGAUCAACUUCAAUCGUGGUUUCUCUACAAAAGUGAAUUGCGUAUUUUUACGGCAGGUAAAGAAAUAGGACUUAAAACUUUUAACCCUAUAAAAGCAAUAAUAUCUUCCACAUUAUGAUCAGAUAAAGGGUUUAUGGAUAUAACUGUUGCCAUCUUGUGAAAGGUUACUUAAAAUGACACUUUUUCUUUAGAAAAUAUUUAAACUGGAACCUUCUAUCACAUAGAGGUUUUGUCUCUGAACCAAGUUUGUACUCUUUUUUUUCUCUAGCUUCAUUAAUUUAUGAAUCUGUGAAUUAAAAAAAUGUUG